AUGGAUGACAAAGCAGUGGAUGAUAAUUUGCAACGAUUACUUCAAGCAUCACGAAUUCGUACUUUGAUGCGUGCAUUGUCUCCUUCCAUAGCAAGGGCAGCCGUGGAAUAUCAAAGUGAUCCAACAAGAUUAAAUUCUUUACUAGAUGUCUUGCAACCGGUUUGCCAAUGUUUGGGAAAUAUUGUAUUGGAAGCAUUAUCAUUAGCAGAUAACGGUAACGUCUGCAUUCUUAGAGAUGCUAUCAGUGGCCGAAGCGUAUAUGAGGUACCUUUUUUAUUCCUUCAUGUUCAUAAAUUGAAUAUAGGUAUGCGUGCUUUAUUUGUGGCCGAGAAAAAUGAUGCUGCUAAGGGCAUAGCUGCAAUUUUGUCGCGUGGUACAUCAACGCGACGUGAUAGUCGGAGUCGUUUUAACAAAAUUUAUCAAUUCGUCGCAAAUAUAGGUCAAAAUAACAAUUGUUAUGUCGCGAUGACAAGUGUUUCGGGCCAUUUGCUUCAGCACGAUUUUCCACCAUCAUUCAAAAAUUGGACUGAAACUCCUUUUAAAGUGCUGUUUGAUGCACCGAUUCAGAAAAAUGUUAUUCCGGGAAUGGAGGGUGUCAGGACCACUUUAAUUGAAGAAGUUCGACAUUGCGAUUUACUUGUUAUUUGGACUGAUUGUGAUCGAGAAGGUGAAGCUAUAGGAGCUGAAGUGGUUAGCGUUUGUACGCAGGUCAAACGUGAUUUGGAUGUUUAUCGAGCUCGGUUUUCCGAAAUUACAGCUGCAGCUGUUAAUCGAGCAUUAAAUAAUUUAGUUAGAUUAGAUUAUCGUUUGGUGGAUGCAGUUGAAUGUCGUUCAGAACUAGAUUUGCGAAUUGGUGCCGCUUUUACAAGGUUGCAAACACUUCACUUAAGGAAUAACUUUGCUAAUAUAUUCCGAGAUAAAAAUAUCAUCAGUUAUGGUUCAUGUCAGUUUCCAACUUUGGGAUUUAUUGUGGAACGUUAUCAAGCCAUAAAAGAAUUCAUUCCGGAAAAAUUCUGGAAGCUUUCUAUGAAUCAUAAAAGGAACGAUGUUUUAGUUGAAUUUUUUUGGAAUCGUCAGCGACUUUUCGAUCGUGAUGUUGUAGAAAUACUAUUGGAAGAUUGUGAGGAAACAGGAGAAGCUCGUGUUUUGUCUGUGGUAAAGAAACCGAAAAGUAAAUGGAGACCAGUUCCCCUUGACACUGUAGAAUUGGAAAAGCUGGCUGUCAGAAAGUUAAAGCUCAGUGCCAAGGAAGCAAUGGUGACUGCAGAAAAAUUGUAUAACAAAGGUUUCAUAUCAUAUCCACGAACAGAAACAAACAAAUUUCCAAAAGACAUGAAUUUGAUGCUUUUUGUCGAGCAGCAAACGGUUAGCGCAGAAUGGGGGGAUUUCUCGCAGAAGAUCGCUGCUCGUGGACCAGAUCCUAGAAAUGGUUCAAAAUCAGAUGAAGCGCAUCCACCAAUUCAUCCAUUAAAAUUUGCCACACCUAAUGAGUUGAUUGGAUUAGAAUGGUCAUUGUACGAGUUUAUCGUUCGGCACUUUCUUGCGUGUAUUUCUUUUGAUGCAAAAGGACAAGAAACCAAAGUGCGUUUGGGAAAUGAGAAUUUUACUGCAUCAGGUCUUGUGGUUGAAGAUUAUGGAUAUCUAGCUGUUUAUAAAUACGAGACUUGGAGUGACAAAGUUUUACCUCCUUAUUAUGAAAACGAAAUAAUAACUGAUUUUGAGCUACGGAUGACUGAGGGACAAACUCAGCCACCUUUGCUGCUCAAUGAAGCUGAUUUAAUUGCACUGAUGGAUAAAUACGGUAUUGGAACAGAUGCAACGCAUGCAGAACAUAUCGAGACCAUUAAAACACGUCAAUACGCUGCUCUGAAUGAUGACGGGCGAUUUAUUCCUGGUUAUAUUGGAUUGGCAUUAGUUGAUGGCUAUGAUCAAAUGGGUUAUGCAAUGAGUAAACCUCAUAUGCGGGCAGAUCUUGAAUCAAAACUGAAACUUAUAUGCCUAGGGCAAAACAACAAAAAAGAUGUUCUAAGGGAACAGAUAACUAAAUAUCGAGCAAUUUUUGAGCAAGCAGAAGUGAAAAUUCAGAUGUUAUCAAAUGCAUUACGCAAGUACUUAAAUCAGUGUCGGAAUGUUCUAUCAGCAGAUAACAAGCUAGGAAGUAUUGUGCAAGUACAAACUAAAUGGGCAAGAACGAGUAGUAAUUCAGUUGUGCCAAGAAAUAGUGCACCGACAAGGCGUGGUAGAAGUGGUAGGUCGGAAAAUCGUGACGCUAAUCUAACAUCUACGGUAAUUAGCAAUAGUGAGCAAGUGGCAACAACAAAUACGAGUGAUAUUGAGCUUCUUUCAACACUUUCAAUAUUGCAUUCGAAUGCACGAAGUCGAGGGAGAACAACGAAUACUACUACUAAUAGUGAUGCUGAUAGAGGUGAAAAUCAAAAUCCUGCCGGACAAGGACGGCAGUGUCGCUGUAAGAAAGCAGCGAAACGCCUGAUCGUUAAAAAAGAGGGUCCAAAUCAUGGACGGGCUUUCUGGACUUGUUCAAAAGAUAGAAACGAUCCCAGCAAAUGCAAAUUCUUCGAGUGGGAAGGAUCUAGAAACCACGAAGCAGCAUAAUA